UAGCUGAGUCUGCGCUGUUGGGAGAAUGCCUUUGUGCGCCUGCGCGGAGGCGCAUCCGGCGGACAGUUUGAAUUUUGGCUCUGGAAGUCGGUUUCGCAAUUUGGCGUUUCGGUCGUGGUCCGGUGCAGCCAGUCCCCAGCCGUAGUGCAGGCUCUUCGCUCCAGACUCCGUGAGGUCACUCGCUCGGAAGCCGCCCGAGGAGGCAUCGCUUAGCAGGUGCUUAAAGGAUGGCCUCAGAUCUAGAACAGUUAUGCACUUAUGUUAAUGAGAAGAUUGAGAAUAUUAAGAAAAUUCUGUUGAUUAGAAAUCUUGGCCAAGACCCUGCCUUGAAGACCACGUUAAGUAAAAUAGGAGAUGAGAUCAUUACAAUAAAUGAGCUUCUAAAUAAACUGGAAUUGGAAAUUCAGUAUCAAGAACAAACUAACAUUUCACUCAAGGAGCUCUGUGAAUCUCUUGAAGAAGAAUUUAAAGAUGUGGAGCAUCUUAAAGAACAUGUUCCUGUCCACUUGCCUCAAGUGACCCAGAGCUUAGUUCACAAGCCAGAUCUGGAUCCUAAAGAGUCAGUUAAAGUUGAGGAGCCUGUACCUCAGAAGAAGCCUCCCAAACAGCAGAGAGUUAUUAAGGAAAUGCACUUUAUAACUACUGAUGAGUUCGAUGGCGUUCCUGCGUACAUGAAAUCCCGUUUAACAUAUUGUCAAAUUAAUGAUGUUAUUAAGGAAAUUAACAACGCAGUAGUUAGUAAAUAUAAGAUUAUACAUCAACCAAAAUCAUCUAUGAGCUCUGUGAAGAGAAAGCUCUACCAAAGAUUUAUUAAUGAAGAAACGAAGGACACGAAAGGUCACCAUUUUAUCGUGGAAGCUGAUGUAAAGGAAUUCACGCCUUUAAAAGUUGACAAGAAGUUUCAUGUGAUCAUGAGCAUUUUGCGCCAUUGCCAGAGGCUGUCAGAGGUCCGAGGGGGAGGACUUACCCGAUAUGUCAUAACCUGAGGCUAUUGAAGACUUGGGACUGAUUGGCAGUAGGGUAUAGAGGGUAGUCUUGAAAUUUCAUAUAUGUUUUUAGUGUCUCCAUUUCCUGGCCUUGUUUGUUACAGAAGUAAAACUUUGGAUAAAGCAUAUAUAUUUUCAAAAUGUACUGCCUUUAGGAAUGUGGAUGAAGCUGGAGCUCACGAGCACAAUAGGCCAAUCAGAAAGACAAAUUCUGUUUCAUGUGGAACCUAUGUGUGUAUAAGAGUGUGUGUGGAUCCUCAAACCAGAAGGAGGAUCUUGAGAAGUAUGGAUAAUAGGGGAACAGAGAAGGCAUUGGACCGCUGUGCUAGGAGAACAGAGGGAAGGAUUAUCUGGGAACCAACCAGGGGAAGGGUAGUACAUGGGCAGGAGGUGGAUUAGAAUAAAGUAUGAUGCCACAAGAUAUAUAAAAAUGUA